AUGACGUUGCUGGAGAGCGACUUGUUGCACCCACCGAAGGAGUCGGAGGCGCGGAAGCACAAACUCAAGCGACUCGUGCAGUCGCCGAACUCCUAUUUUAUGGACGUGAAGUGUCAGGGGUGUCUUGCGAUCACAACCAUCUUUUCACACGCCCAAACUGUGGUUGUGUGCGGGAGCUGCGCGACCGUGCUGUGUCAACCGACCGGCGGAAAAGUACGACUCUCCCAGGGUUGCUCGUUCCGCAGAAAAGUAGAUUAG